CAAAACUUCGAAUCGUUCGAUUCUCGAGACAGCCUUGAAGAGGAAAGCGGAAGCAAAAAGAAAACGCGACGUAGGAAUUCAAUUCCGGAGCUGGUUGGCGAGGCGAGGAAAUUUAUGUUUGGCAGUCUGGCCAAACGGCUUGAGAAGGCCUCCGAAACGAAAACUGGUAAGGAUCGUCGAGGGACACUCAAGCAAAUCCAAAUGCCAACCUACGAGCUGCCCGACCUGGAGGAGAAUCUUGAUGAAGCCUGUGAUUCUCCACAGGAACGACGCCAUUCCGUCGACACUCCAUUGAGCAAUAAUCCUGAGUUGCUGGUGCUGAACAACUCUACGCCCUCAGUGGAAUUCAACACUAUUGAGCAGAAUCAGGACCUCCACCAGUGGUGGACGAUCUGUUCGAGCUUUGAACAUCGACUGCGAACCCCUGAGAUGGGGUACGCCCUGAGAUGGGAAGGCUGGUCAUUGCAAGCUUGA